AUGAAAACCAAUUUUCUUUUUGUAUUUGCUUUAUUGGCCAUGCUUUGUGUUGUCAAAGCUAUUCCACAUCAACUUUAUAAAAGAACUACUGAGUUUGGACCAUGUCCUGUACCAAACCUACCAUCCGAACUCUCUGUAACAAUUUCACCUGAUCCUGUCGUCCCUGACCAAAUUUCUACUUUUACUGUUACUGGAACGCUGACGACACCAAUCACCGAAGAUUUCAACCUUAUAAUUGCAUUUGAUGAUCCUCAGAGUCCUCUUCCCUUUGUUGCGCAAAUUCCACCUGGAACCACAGUUAACGCAGUAGAGAAUGUUCCGGUACCAUCUCAGUCCCUGCUACCUUCAACAUAUGGUAUUGCAGUUGCUAUUAUCAAUCAAAAUUUUGAACCACAUUUGGUUAUAGGCUGUGCAUAUGCUACUGUUAAUGGUCCUGCUUCUGAUAUUCCCGCUCUUCUGUUCUAG